GGGAAUCGAACUCAUGACCUCACGCUUGCCAGGCAGGCGCUGUGUCACUGAGCUAAAUCCCCAGCACCCCCAAGAGUAUUCUUGCAAGAUGCUCAGCACCGCUCCCCUGGCCUGCGUUUCUGCCUGUUGAUCCAGGAUUCCUCACCCCACAACCUUGGAGGUUUUCCCACGGUCUCCACCUCCGACCCAGGGUAAAGCCAUCGGAGACUGUUCAGGUCACUUCCCAGGACACCAGGACUGCGGAGCCCAAGGAGACGAAAAAGAAAGGGUGGCAAAUUGUCCUCCCCGAGAAGCACCUAGAGCCCAGCGGGAGCGUCCUGAGAGCAACAGAAAUUAAAUUUUCUUCCCUGCACUAGGAAAGGGAUUCUCUGUGUACACGCAUUUCUUUCUCGCUGGGUUGAAGACCUUCCCAUUUCUGGAAGAAUUAAAAUGGGGGAAGAAAAAGAAUCUAGGAGAGACUCGAGACGAGGAAGGUGAAUCAUUGUGGGGAAGCGUUGAGAACGUUCAGAAACCGCUUUCGAACCCGCACAUCCUGACCCGGGGCGCGCGGCUUGUCCCCUCCCCCCGCAGCCCGUACCCCCUCGGCUAAUCACCCUCAUUAGGGGCUUCAUCACCGGCCUAAUGAAAGCAAACCGUGUGGAAAUCGCCGGUAAACAGUUGGGUCUGUGCCGUAAUUAAUUCAGUGUCUCUUUUAAUCAAACUGAAAAGAAAUCGGGAAGCGGCUUGCGGAGCCGUGACAUCACCCCCAAAAUCGGCCAGAGCCAAUCAGCGCCGUCACUCCGGGGACACGUGGGCGAGUCCCCUUAAAAAAAACACAACACAGCGAAAAAAAAAGAGCGAAACAACAACCAAAAAAAAAAAAAAAAAAAAACCCAGCCCCAAAGUAAAAGUGACACAAGUUCAUUUUUUAAAGGAAGGGGGGAGGCUCAGGCGCGCGCCGAGAGCAGCAGCGAGGAGCCGCGCGGCGCUGUCCACGGUGCUGACCGGGCCCCUGCGCGGGGCGCGGGCGCAGGCGGACCUGCGGGCAGGGGAAGCGGGAUGCCGCGCCGGCCGCCGCCGCUCUCCGCGGUGCUGACGCCGCCAGGUGCGCUCCGUGCCGCCGGCUGGUAGCCCGGCCUGGGCCCGCUGCUCUCCGCGGUGCUGACCCCGCUGCCUUCGGCCACCACUUGCCUGGAAGAAGCGCACGGUUUGGAUUUUCAAAUCCGUCCUUUAUUUAGAUUCCACCAUCCUCGCCUGUCUUCCGUGCCAAAGGGGCCCUCAGACCGUCCGUCUCCCCCUUUGCUCUCCCCAACUUGGAGCGCCCUCCUCCCAUUCCUUCUUGACACUCCCACCACCCCCCCUCGGCUCCUCGGCGGCUCCGCGCGAUGCUGCAGAAGACGCGCUGAGCCCUUUUGGAUCUAAUGCGCAGAGGAGGUUGGCCCCGAGCUCCCGGGCUCCCCCGAGGCUGAACUCCGUCCAAGGUGCCCGCAGGCUCCCUGCCCGCCUUCCCCAUGCCAGCCCGCAGCUAGGGGCAGGGGCAGCGGCGGCUGGGGUUGGGGGUGGGUGGGGAGCUUUCGGGGAGGACAGGUCGCAGCUUGGCGAUGGAAGGCUCCAAUGGCUUUGGGAUCGACUCCAUUCUCUCCCACCGCGCGGGCAGCCCCGCCCUUCCCAAGGGGGACCACUUGCUCGGGGACUGCCGCUCACCCCUGGAGCUGAGUCCACGCUCGGAGAGCAGCAGCGACUGCUCUUCGCCAGCCUCACCGGGAAGGGACUGUCUGGAGACGGGAACCCCGAGGCCUGGUGGGGCAUCCGGCCCAGCUUUGGACUCCCAUCUGCAGCCGGGCCAGCUCUCAGCCCCUGCCCAGUCGCGCACCGUCACCUCCUCCUUUCUAAUCAGGGACAUCCUUGCUGACUGCAAACCUCUCGCGGCCUGUGCACCCUAUUCCAGCAGCGGGCAGCCCACAGCCCCGGAGCCUGGGGGCCGUCUUGCGGCCAAGGCUGGGGAGGACUUUAGAGACAAGCUGGACAAAAGUGGCAGCAAUGCCUCUUCAGACUCUGAGUACAAAGUGAAGGAGGAGGGCGACCGCGAGAUCUCCAGCUCCCGGGACAGCCCCCCAGUGCGCCUGAAGAAGCCGCGCAAGGCACGCACGGCCUUCACCGACCAUCAGCUGGCGCAGCUGGAGCGCAGUUUCGAGCGGCAGAAGUACCUGAGCGUGCAGGACCGCAUGGAGCUGGCGGCCUCGCUCAACCUCACCGACACGCAGGUCAAGACCUGGUACCAGAACCGCAGGACUAAAUGGAAGCGACAGACGGCCGUCGGGCUGGAGCUGCUGGCGGAAGCAGGCAAUUACUCUGCGCUCCAGCGGAUGUUCCCGUCGCCUUACUUCUACCCACAGAGCCUGGUCUCCAACCUGGACCCGGGCGCCGCGCUCUACCUGUACCGCGGCCCGAGCGCGCCGCCGCCUGCGCUGCAGAGGCCGCUGGUGCCGCGCAUCCUCAUCCACGGACUCCAGGGCGCCGGCGACCGGUGAGGCGGCCGCCAGCCCUCCCCGGCGCCCCGGCCCAGCGACCCCCAAGGGCCCGAUGCCAAGUCCACUGGGGCCCCCGCGGUUCCGGACUGCGCCUCCUCCGCCCCUCCGUGCCCUGUCCAUCCCGGUCCUCUCCACCUGCCGGGUGUGCACACGCGUCUCCGCGCACUUCCAUCCUCCCAGUGUCCGCCGGCCCCCCAGGCGCCCCUGGGUCCCCGGGACCUGUGGGUGACCCGUGCUUCGCUCCCUCGCCCCCUUCCUGCUCCGGCGGGGGACCCAGCUUCGCUCCGCUCCUCCGCGGGGCGCGGCGGGAGGCCUGCACCCUCCUGCGGCCGCGCCCGGCUGGGCUGGCGCUGAGCUGUACAUACUGUGUGCAAAGUGUAUAUGAAGUUAUUUAUUCGUGACCCCUGAGCCCGUGACCGUGUCCGUGAAUCAGUGAGUCUGUGGUCUGCGCCCUCCCCUUCCCGGGUGGGGCAGGAGGGGCCCAUGGGACCUGCGCACCGACCCUGGCCCCCAGUGUCCAGCUCUGUCCCACCUGGGGACAGCCAGGCCUCUUGGGUUCCCUCUUUUUUAAAUGUCGAAAUAAACUUCUUACAAAUGACCAGGCGCGCGUCCGCGCUCCCAUCGUCAGUCUGUGCCCAGGCCCCGCCCGACCCUCCUAAGAGCUAUUUGCCUCUCCUGGGGCUCGGUCUCCGUCCAGCCUCAAAGAAAGGACACUUUUGUCCCCUUCCCCUUCCUGGGUGCUGCAGUCCUUUGCAGGGGACCGGCUGAGCGUGCAGGGUCCUGGGCAGCUGGCGCCCCCACCCUGGCUGUCCUUCCGUGUCUACAGCAAGGGAAGCUUGCAUUCUGCCUCCCCCUCCCCAUGUGGCUCCUCGGGGCUCCCAGACCGUCCUGGGGCGCAGGCGGGGGUCUGUGCGUGGCCUCCCUUGCUGCUGCCCGGCUGCGGUGCUCUCGCUGAGCCGACUCAUCUGGCUGUGACAAGGGCACCGGCAGCUGGUGACCGGCCUGCUGGUCUUGGGGCCGACAGAUGGACUCCGAGGCUGCUCCCCAUCACCCCACCCUCCUCCCCCCAGCACCCACGGGGUCUGAUGCUGGUGGGCACCGGUCAGCUCUGGCCCCUGGUGCUGGUUCGGACCUGUGCGCCUUUUCCAGGAGCCAGACGCUGUACCGGUAACCUCCUACUCUCACAACCCCUCACUUUCCCGUCACCCUGGGAAGAAGUUGGAAGAUCCAGAAAAGAGCCAGAUCCCCGGGUCUGCCCCAGCAUCGGGGGGGGGGGGGCUUUGAGUCUCCAGCUAGCCUCCAGAGCACGUUCUGAGGGCCAGGGUCACCUCCCAGGGCCAUGCCUCUCUGAGGAAGCGGGCUUGGGUGCCCCCUCUGCACACCACCUGCAGCAGAGCGCCGUAGGCAGGAGCUGUGGGCGCCCAGCAAGCUGAGGCAUGCCCCCUUUCCUGGGAGGACAGCUCUGGGAGAAGACGGAUGAGCUGUGUUCAGGCGUAACCCCCAAAACCAGACUCACAGGUCUGCUACUGUUGCCUCCCCCCUUUGCCUGGGGUGGUGAGGGUAUUAUUCUAAUUUUGCAAAAUGCGCAGCAGCUAAUUAAGUCAAGGGGCCCUCGGCUUUCGGGUUCUUUUGCAUGUGAAUGGGGGCUGGUAAAUCCCAAGUUCUGGCUGCGGUGGGGGUGAGGGGAGACUGUCCCCAACUCAGGGUUAAUGAAGUGGGAAAAGAGUCUCUCAUAGCCUCCUGCAAACAAAACCCCCCAGGCAACAAACCCUGCCCAAAUCCUACACGGAUUGACUUAAACCCGGGGGAUAAGUGCUUUAAAUUAAUCUCAUUGAAUAAGAAUGAGACCAAACAAAACUCUUUAAAAUCAUAUUAAAAAUCUAUCAAAGGACAACUUGCACUGGUGUGCUUUUCAUUUUGUGAAAGUGGAGGAGGUAGGCUGGAGCAGCCACCCUUACAUUUACACAGCCACAGUGUAAAUCACAGACACAUUCUCAACUAUGUAAUCGUCCUUGUACCUCCGAGGCCAUUUCAUAUCUUACAUUAAUGAAGAACAAGGCUUCCCUACAAGUUUAUAAUUACAGUGCUUUGCACUGUCCUGCGCAUCCCAUCUGUAAUAAUAACUUCAGCCUGCAGUGAAGUGGGCUUCUGCUCUCCGUUCAGAGGCUCAAGUGGUUUGUGUCCCCAACCCUGGGCAUGGGAACGUUUGAGAGGCAGAAGGUACGAGACCUCCAGUGGACUUGACAAUAGGAGGGCAAUGAACGAGGCUGUCCCUCCGGGGCCCACGCUCACAAACUUGCAUCAGUGGCGGGGUGGGGGUGGGGUUAGGGUACCCCACAGCCCCCACAGUGAUAGGCUUUGCUCUAAAUGAUUCCUCCAGUGGAGCAGAAGAGAGAUACAAGUUUAACGCUCAUGGAGGCAAUUGAACAAGAUCAGUUAAGCACACUUUCCCAGCGCGGCAGCUUCUUGGAGGACCAGCCUUGCAGCCGUCUCUGGGCAGUGGCGCUCGGGUGUCCACGGCUUCUGCUGAUGGGGCAUGAAGCGCUACAGUGCUCAACAAGGCGAGAUCAGUUUGGAACACAUCUGCCUGCAGAGGCCCUUCUGCUCCCCGCUUCUCCCCCAGGGGGCAAAGAAGAAAAUCAAAGGCAUGGAGUGGGCUUUGUCAGUGUCCUUCGGGUGCCUUGCUUGGCUCUCUGCUUGGUAAGAGUGGAAGACGCUGUGUGCACUGCCUCAGCAACUUAAUCGCUCACCAAGGGGAUCUUUGCUUGAGGCGUGAGAAUGGGGACCCCUCUGACAGGCAGGCGCUGGGACUGCAACCCUGGGGUGUUUUGGAUUCCAGAAAAGAAUUCUACAAGCCCGCGCGGUGGGGGAGCUUCGGGCCACAAUAUUCCAGUAAAUGUCUAAAUGAUCUGUGACUUUCGUAUGGUAACCCGGUUGGUAUCACAGAAAAAUGGGCGAGUUUGGGAAAUUAGAAACAGGCAUGAUUAAAAACACACACAAAAUUAGAAUAUGUACAGUGGAAUUAGGCGCAAGCUUUGCUUAAUUGAUGCCUGAAAUGUAUAAUCUGUCAAGAGUUAUAAUAAGAGAUUUAUUUCAAGGUUCUUUAAAUUUAGAUAAUAUUAACCCUAAAUCUGCUAAAUCCAUGUUUCUUUAUUAACUGGGUAAGCUACUGAUCUAGGCCCACACAGCGUCUCUGGCGUGAAUGACGCGCUCCACCCGAGUCAGCACGGGCUGUGUGCAGGUUUCCCUCCUGAAGCAGCACCCCUCCCCGGGAGCACGGAGCCCUGCCCGCUCACCCGUAUGGGCAGACGCUAGCGGCUGGGGAGGUACGUUUCUCCUUGGUCACCCCCACCGCGGGCACUGGGCCUGUUUUUCACACAGCUGGGGUUCACCUGUGAAGCCUGGCCCCUCCCUUCCUCGUCCAAAUCCUGUGAGCCACCACCCCAGAAUGAAGGAAAGGGGGUGGGUUUACCCAAGGCCAGCCUGACGUGUGCUGUCUUUAAAAAACUGUGGGAACAGAUUUCACCAACAGUCCCCAACAGUUCCCGUGAUGGCCAGCUCUGAGAAGGUCCUGCACUUCCCCCAGGGGGUCCCCGCUUGCCAGCUCCCCCUCCCCCGCCAGUGAGCCCACAUGGCCUAGGGUCCCAGCCCUCAUCCCAGGAAAACCCAAGGGGGUGGCACAGGAACCGCGAAGGCGGAAGGAAAUCAGGACAGGAGUUAGGAGGACAGAGGCCCAGACAGGGCGGCGCAGGGCUCGUAACCCUUUCUCUGUGCGUCCCUGGGAUGUCCAGGGCUUACAUUUAUUGGGCAAUCAAUACACUCCGGGGGUCCUCUUCAACCUCCCAGAAAACAAAGUGGGGGUCAGCUGGGUCUGGGUCAGCACACAAAGA